UUUCUCAAGUUCGACGGUUAUUUUAAGGGAACGGGAAGGGCAAAUCUAUCGUUUGAGAGUGGGUGGGAAGUCUUACCAUCCACCUCGCUAAAAUUAACUUUUGGUAGUAACAUUAGUUUAUUAUCAGUAAUUAUAGUCGUACCACGUUUAUAACAACAUGAGGGAGAUCGUUCACUUACAAGCAGGCCAAUGUGGCAAUCAGAUUGGUGCCAAGUUUUGGGAAGUAAUCAGUGACGAGCAUGGCAUCGACCCAACUGGAACUUACCAUGGUGACAGUGACCUUCAGUUGGAGAGAAUAAAUGUCUAUUAUAAUGAAGCCACAGGUGGAAAGUAUGUUCCUCGUGCAAUCUUGGUGGACCUUGAGCCAGGCACCAUGGACUCUGUGCGCUCAGGGCCAUUUGGACAAAUAUUUCGCCCAGACAACUUUGUAUUUGGACAGAGUGGUGCUGGUAAUAACUGGGCAAAGGGCCACUACACGGAGGGUGCAGAGCUGGUGGACUCCGUGCUGGAUGUGGUGAGGAAAGAGGCAGAGAGCUGCGACUGUCUCCAGGGUUUCCAGCUCACCCACUCCCUGGGCGGUGGCACUGGAUCUGGCAUGGGCACCCUGCUCAUCAGCAAGAUCCGUGAGGAGUACCCCGACCGCAUCAUGAACACCUUCAGUGUGGUGCCCUCACCCAAGGUGUCCGACACAGUGGUGGAGCCCUACAACGCCACGCUCUCCGUCCAUCAGCUGGUGGAGAACACCGACGAGACCUACUGCAUCGACAACGAGGCCCUCUAUGACAUCUGCUUCCGCACGCUCAAGCUGACCACGCCGACCUAUGGCGACCUCAACCACCUGGUCUCGGCGACGAUGAGCGGCGUCACCACCUGCCUGCGCUUCCCCGGCCAGCUGAAUGCCGACCUCCGCAAACUGGCCGUUAACAUGGUGCCCUUCCCACGCCUGCACUUCUUCAUGCCGGGCUUCGCCCCCCUCACCAGCAGAGGCAGCCAGCAGUACAGAGCCCUCACUGUGCCCGAGCUCACCCAGCAGAUGUUCGACGCCAAGAAUAUGAUGGCCGCCUGUGACCCGCGCCAUGGGCGCUACCUCACGGUGGCCGCAAUCUUCCGCGGACGCAUGUCCAUGAAGGAGGUGGACGAGCAGAUGCUCAAUGUCCAAAACAAGAACAGCAGCUACUUCGUGGAAUGGAUCCCCAACAACGUGAAGACCGCCGUCUGCGACAUCCCACCCAGAGGGCUCAAGAUGGCCGCCACCUUCAUCGGCAACAGCACCGCCAUCCAGGAGCUGUUCAAGCGCAUCUCUGAACAGUUCACCGCCAUGUUCCGGCGGAAGGCCUUCCUGCACUGGUACACAGGCGAGGGCAUGGAUGAGAUGGAAUUCACAGAGGCCGAGAGCAACAUGAACGACCUGGUGUCCGAGUACCAGCAGUACCAGGACGCCACCGCCGAGGAGGGCGAGGGUGAGUUUGAGGAAGGAGAAGAGGACAUGGCCUAAACAUUAGCUCCCCACUCUUAUCACAGCCCUUUCACACGUCCUUUCCUCCCUAUCAAACUUCUGGAUCUGCUUUUAACUUCACAAUAAAUGCUAUCAAUUUUUUUUUUGAAAA